CCGUCCGGGGCCCGGCACGAGCGGACGUGGCCCAUCGGUCGUGAUCCUGUCUCCGCUGUGCUCUGCAGACUGUUCCCCCGGCCGGCCUGUUUCAGUCGGAGCUCUGUGACGGGACCCAGGCGGCUCACUGAAGGAGGACGGCUGGGUCGGCGACACCACGGCAAUAAUGGGGAGCCGGCUAUCGUCACGCCGCUCUGGGGGCCCGGCCCGGCCCACAGAGCCCGGCUCCAGCUCGCCGGGUGAUUUGGCGUGUGAACCGGUCAGCGGCUGGGAGGAGAGCUGUAAGAAGUACGGUUACCGACCCAGCGGGCCGCGACAGGACACAAAGCGCAGCGCCGCAGAGAAACAGCGCGGCGCCGGGGACAAACAGCUCUACGUCGGGGACAAACAGCUCUACGCUGCAGAGAGACAGCGCAGCGCCGCGGACAAACAGCGCAGCGCCGCGGACAAACAGCAGUUGGCCGGGGAGCAGGUGCGCUCCGGCCGGGCACAGCCGGCCCAGAAGGUGUCGGCGCCGUGCGAGGGUGCCGGGGAGCGCGCCCGGGCCGUGCCGCCGCUGCGCCUCUCACUGCCAGGGGUGUGCCGCGGCUACAGCUCCCGGGAGGGCUGCGAGGAGGCCGACUGCCGCGGACUGCACGUCUGCCGGCAGUUCCUGGCCGACAUCUGCAACUACGGCGCCGACUGUCGCUACAGCCACUCCCUGACGACCGUGCACAACCAGGACAUCUGCCGCCUGUUCAGCAUGGACACCAUGCAGGAGAACGUGCUGCUCCUGCAGAUACGACGUGCCUUCAGUGACAGCGACCAACUGACUGAGGCGUUCUUCGUCCAAAACCUGACCAGGUGUUUCAGAUUCCGAACGAAAACACCCUGCAAAUUGCACGAAUGCAACAGACUGCACCUCUGCAGACAGUUUGUGCUGGACGGGUGUCGGCGCGCCGACUGCCGAAUGGGCCACGACCUGCGCACGGCGCACAAUAGGGACGUGCUGCGCCGACACCGGCUGGGCGACGCCAGCGACGGCCGCGUGCUGGCCAUCCUGCGGCAGAAGGAGGCCGACCUGCGAGCCAGCCAGUUGAAAAGAAAAGCCGCAAAAGGCGACGGUGAUGUCAAGAAGGAAUGUCCCCACAAGCCAGGGGUGUCCGGGGCUGAGCGGGCCGGCGCCGGACCAGCCCGAGCGGGACCGCCCUCCUCCGGCGGCGGCCGUCUGUCAGAGGAGCUGCGCUGCCCCGUCUGUCUGGAGCUGUUCCGCAGGGCCACCACCCUCGGCUGUGGCCACACCUUCUGCGCCGGCUGCCUGGCCGAGACCCGGGACCGGGGCGCCGACCGGUGCCCGCUCUGCGCCGCCCCCAUCUGCUCCACCAUCCGCUCCGUGGCCCUGGACGGCGUCGUCAGGAGCGUGGCGGCGCAGCAGUGAGCUGAGCGUGGCGGCGCAGCAGUGAGCUGAGCGUGGCGGCGCAGAAGCAAGCUGAGCGUGGCGGCGCAGCAGUGAGCUGAGCGCCGGCCGGGGGCGCGCCGCCCCCCCCCCCCCCCCGGCGGAAUGGGCCGCAGGUGCUCGGCACUCGCUUAACUUUAAUCAUAUUCAAUCAAGGGUCAGGGUUCAGCGUUUGCUUGCGAAACUAUAAGCUACAUAUUCGUAGAAGGCCCUUGAAAAGGUUUGUGUGUCAUGUGUGUGUUUUUAGGCACGCCUUGACGCAUGUGAGUGCGUACGAAGCCCUUCUCGUAAUCAAGGAGUGAUUAGGUCACUCAAAGGUUUUUUUUGUUCUACAUAGUCUUAACCCGCGCCGGGCCGGUGCUCUGAAAUUCCGCGCCGGGCCGCGGGGGUGUUUGAACACCCCCCCUUCUAACUCGGCUCCUGGGCCACGUAGCGACACGCGGUAAGCGGCAAUCGAAAGAACGUCAAAAAUAAGGACGAAAACACUUCGGUCAUUUUUUGGGUCAGGUCAAAGGUCAGGUCACCAGAGGUCACCAAAGGUAAAAUGUUGACUAUUUCAACAUUUUGGAAAUUGCCAACGACUAUCUCGGGAACCGAUAGAGCUACAGCGCCGCAAAAAAGCGCAUUCGAUAGCCCUUUUACAGACCUUUCUGGGUAAUGUUCUCAGAUUUGACCUCAGGUCAACGGUUUAGCCUCCAGAGGGCAAAAACUCCAAAAAUAGCCGUUUUUACGAAAAACGUUUUUUUCGGCAAUAACUUUUGACUCAAAAGAGCUAUGACAUUACUUUUGCCAGCAUCGUGUUCCUCUCGUCGAGACGCGUCGAAUGAACUAUAAUUUGACCUUGAAAGGUCAACUUGAAAAUUUGACCUCAGGUCAAGGUCAUGACCCGACCGGAAAAGGUCAUGUUGCAUAUCAGUCGAUCCGCAACGUCGAGCCGAACACAUCUAAGGCGUUUUCAGCGCUCUAGCACGCCUCUAUCAGAAGCUGUCAUCGAAAAACUGUUAGAUUCUGUUCGUGACCUGAGAUGACCUCGGGGACAUAACGAGGGGUCACAGUUGCCAUUUUCUGGUUCAGUGUGUCUAUUUUACCUACAUAUCGAUGUUUGAGAGUGUCUAGAAUAGCGUUCGUGCAAAACAGGCGUUUUUCAACUUUCUCCCAUUGACUUAUAAUGGAGAGGCCGCAAAAUUGACCUGACCUUAGGUCACCGGUAUCAAAAUUCCGAGAUAUACAUUUUAUAGAUAGUGUUGCUCUAAUCAAUCGCUGAAAGUUUCAAGGCAAUCGUUCAGUCGGUGUAGCUAUGACGAGCAUUCUUUUUUUUCUGAGGUGAGGUCACUUGGCGUGACCUGGUGACCUGACCUAAGGUGACUUGGGUCUGAAAUUUUCACAACAUGUGCGGAAAAGAUGCACAAACAGGUGUGCCAAAAACGGCGGCGCUCCGCGCCGCCGUUUUUGAGAUAUCUGCGAAAAACCGCAAGGGGGGGGUGUUCAAACACCCCCCCCCGGCCCGGCGCGGGUUAAAUGACAUUUAGCAAUUAACAUCCAUCACAGGCGCCAAUUCAAGAGGUCGGAGCACGGAGGCCUGAAACAAUAUCUUAGUAUUUUAGGCAUAUUAUAUUGAUUACUGAGCAUCGCAUCUAAUUGUGGAUUGUUUGCCAGAGAAAGCGAUUUGACGUAAGCAUGAACAGUUUAUUCGCAUAUGUUUAUAACUAGAGCACUUCGUUUUGGCCGGCUAUUUUCAACAUCAUACGCUAAAUAUUUGUUCCAAUGUACCUACUUUCAUUUCAGUUCGUGAUGGAUCUUUUGCUUCUCUAUCCGUGCAGGAUAGACAGGAGUUGUAAACAACACCUUUGCUUCGCUAUGCGCUCAGUGUAUUCAGCAUUGCUGCGCCAUGACUGUUUAUUCCAUGGUUAUUGCACUGAUUGGAUGUACGGGCUUGUCAUCCAAGAGCCACCUUAUUACAUGCUUGCUGCUGUUAAUGUGAUAAAUACACAUUGCUUAAAGGGA